CGCGGGCUGAGGCGCAGGCGUGAGCCCCGCGGCGCAUGCGCAUGGUCCGUCUGAGGCGGUGCCGCGCCUGUGGCCGUGACGUGAACGCGUGAGGUCAGACGCAGCCGGAGCUGGCUUUCGGGGUCCGCGCUGCCAUGGAGGACGAAGACUGCCCAGACCUGGUUCCAAUAGACACCGGCGGCGCGGAGGAGACCGAGUCCAGCCCCAGCAGGAAGAUCCCCGUGACUAUCAUCACAGGCUAUCUAGGUGCUGGGAAAACAACUCUUUUAAAUUACAUACUGACAGAACAGCAUAAUAAGAGAAUAGCAGUUAUUCUGAAUGAGUUUGGAGAAGGAAGUGCCUUGGAGAAAUCCCUGGCAAUCAGUCAAGGAGGAGAACUCUAUGAAGAGUGGCUGGAACUAAGAAAUGGCUGCCUGUGCUGUUCAGUAAAGGACAAUGGUGUGAAGGCUAUUGAGAAUCUGAUGCAAAGGAGAGGAAAAUUUGACUACAUAUUGUUGGAAACAACUGGUUUGGCAGAUCCAGGAGCUGUGGCCUCCAUAUUCUGGAUUGAUUCUGAGUUGGGAAGUGACAUCUAUCUUGAUGGUGUCAUAUCUGUUGUUGAUGCAAAGCAUGGAUUGCAGCACUUGACAGAGGAAAAGCCAGAAGGCCUUGUCAAUGAAGCAUCUCGGCAGGUUGCAUUAGCUGAUCUUAUAAUUAUCAAUAAAGUGGAUUUGGUUUCAGAGGAAGAAUUGAAUAAAGUCAGAGCAUCUGUCAGGUCAAUAAAUGGACUUGUUAAAAUUCUAGAGACACAAAGAUCAAGAGUUGAUCUCUCCGAUGUCUUGGACCUGCAUGCGUUUGACAGUUUAUCUGGAUUAAGUUUGCAGAAAAAGCUUGAGCAUGUAAAGACAACACAUGCACAUCUAGAUAAGGGCAUAACUACAGUAACAUUUGAAGUUCUAGGCAGUAUAAGAGAAGAAGACUUAAAUAUCUUUAUUCAAAAUCUCCUGUGGGAGAAGAACUUGAAAGAUAAGGCUGGACACAGCAUGGAUGUCAUAAGACUGAAGGGACUGGUAUCUAUUCAAGGCAAAUCUCAUCAGGUAAUAGUCCAAGGUGUCCAUGAGCUGUAUGAUCUGGAAGAGACAGCAGUAGCCUGGAAAGAAAAUGAAAAAAGAACAAAUAGACUGGUCCUCAUAGGCAGGAACUUGGAUAAGGAGACCAUCAAAGAAGUAUUCAUAGCCACUGUGACAGAGAAACAAGGAAACAGUUGACAUCAAACUGCAAAAAAAAGAAAUGUAAAGCUUGUGCUUAACUCUGCAAGCUUUGUAUGACAGAAGGGACUGAAUGAAAUGCUGUGUCUUAGUUCAGUUUUGCCCUUUCAGUUUACACAACAGUUAAAGCCUGAAGUCUUCCUAAGAAUCACAGCUGAAGAUCAGCUCUUGCAGUCUAGAAUCAAACACCGAAUUCUACCAUUUUGGAUUUGCCUUAAUUUGUGUACCUGUGCAGAAAUGCAUAUAGGCAAAAGGCUGUUGUUAAUGCUGUAUGUGAAGUAAUGUGGUAGGAAUAUGGUUAUGCAUGUUUAAAGCUUAGUGCUUUUUCCAGCUGUUUUACUGCUGUGUAUGAAACAACAGUGAUUUAUGGCAGAUGAUGUAAUCCCAGUAAGAAGUGCUUAGUGUUUGCUACUAAACUGUCAUAUUUUUCCACUUGCCUUGUGGUUUUUGAAUGUGUGCAUGCAUUUGAGGGACUGCUAGAGCUGUUGUAUAAAUGAAACUAAAGAUGUGUAGACAGCAGAGGCUCAAGACCACGUGGAAUGUAUAUUGUCUCCAUGAUGGCUAUGAACGCAGUGUUCAGUCACAUAGUCAGUGCUGACAUGUAGCUGACCUCAACGACGUUCAAUGCCAUGACCAGGAUUUGGAGGCUGGGGAUAGCACAUUUUCACUGUGUCGUUUAGAGUGCUCUGCAUGAUUUAGUUUGGGGUUCUCUGACACUGAUUUUGGGGUGCUGUUUUGAAAACUUAGUUUGAAACUUUCACCUUUGUGCUCAUUGCUUUUUUAAUUUAGACUAUAAUUUCUUGCCCUGUACCUUCUUCAGUAGUCAUCAUUAGUUUCUUAGCUUUAGAGAGAUGUGUUAAUUACAGCUGGGUGAAUGCAGAGUGACUGAAUGCAAGAAGAUAAGGUGAAAUAAAAAAAUGUUUCAAAACA